GGCGGCGGCGUGAGCGUCUUUGCGGCCUUAGCUGCUGAUUCUUUUUUUUAAAUGUGGAAACCCAGCAAUCGGGACUCUGUGGGGGUCUGGCGAGCUGGCUACGGUCGUGUCCUCGAGUAACUGGGCCAAGCUGUUCCCAACCUUUCCCCCUGGGGCUGGAAAUGCUUUACCUCGUCGGCUUGGGCCUGGGAGAUGCCAAAGACAUCACCGUCAAGGGUCUGGAAGUUGUGAGACGCUGCAGUCGGGCCUACCUAGAGGCCUACACCUCAGUCCUGACUGUAGGGAAGGAAGCCCUGGAAGAGUUUUAUGGAAGAAAAUUAAUUCUUGCUGAUAGAGAAGAAGUGGAACAAGAAGCAGAUAAUAUUUUAAAGGAUGCUGAUAUCAGUGAUAUUGCGUUCCUUGUAGUUGGAGAUCCGUUUGGAGCUACAACACACAGUGAUCUUAUUCUGAGAGCAACGAAGUUGGGAAUCCCUUAUCGAGUGAUUCACAAUGCUUCCAUCAUGAAUGCUGUAGGUUGCUGUGGUUUACAGCUGUAUAAGUUUGGAGAGACUGUGUCUAUUGUGUUUUGGACAGACACUUGGAGACCAGAAAGCUUCUUUGACAAAGUGAAGAAAAACAGACAGAAUGGCAUGCACACAUUAUGCUUAUUAGACAUCAAAGUAAAGGAGCAGUCUCUGGAAAAUCUAAUCAAGGGAAGGAAGAUUUAUGAACCUCCUCGGUAUAUGAGUGUAAACCAGGCGGCUCAGCAGCUUCUGGAAAUUGUUCAAAAUCAGAGAAUGCGAGGAGAAGAACCAGCAAUCACCGAGGACACACUCUGUGUUGGCUUAGCCAGGGUUGGAGCUGAGAACCAGAAAAUUGCAGCCGGCACUUUACAGCAGAUGUGCACCGUGGACUUGGGGGAGCCCCUGCACUCCCUGAUUAUCACAGGCGGCAGCAUGCAUCCACUGGAGAUGGAGAUGCUAAGUCUGUUCACCAUACAAGAAAACAGCUCAGAAUCCUGAGUAUUGACGGACAUUUCUCUUGUGUCAUGUUUGAUAUGGAUGUUAUAUAUUUGUCUCUAUAACAAAUUAAGCAGACUUUUGGUUUAUCUAAUAUGCACAAGUAACAAAAAAUAAUAAAUUGCCAGGUACUGGUGGCUCACGCCUGUCAUCCUAGCUAUCCAGGAGGCUGAGAUCUGAGGAUCACAGUUCAAAGCCAGCCCAGAUAGUUCAUGUCCAAAUUAACUACCUAAUAUAGAAGCUGGAAGUGGAGCUGUGGCUCUAGUGGUAGAGUGUUAGCCAUGAGCAGGUAAACCCAGAGGCAACACCCAGGCCCUAAGUUCCAGCCCAAAAGUCAGCACCCAUAUGCACAUGCACACACACACAAGAAUAAUAAUAACUUGACUCAGAAAUGUUUGGUUUCCGACAGCAGGGAUCGUCACUUGUAGCUUUCAGGAUCCGUGCACGUUGAGCAGACCAAGCUGGCAAGAUUGUGGUUAGACAUCCAUAGGCAGAAUCAUGUAAAAAAAAAAACAGUUUUUACUUAUGAAGCCAGUUAACUAAAGUGGCCCUUUGAGCCUAGUUUGCAGUGGUU